UCCAGAAUAAUCUGCCUAUAUCUGUGUCUGGGGGACGGAGGGAACGUGAACAGAGUCAGAGGAGUCCUAACCAGCUGCUGGAUCUUUUAGUUUUGCCUCAGGACCAACAUUUUUUUCCUCUUGUCAAUAGGGAAUUAUCUACAAAUUUAUCAUAAGAACUGGGACAGCGGCACAUGGCGCUCCUGAGGUCAGGCUGGCUGUGGAGGCAAACUUCGGUCCUAAAACGCUGGAAGUUAAACUGGUGUGACCUUUGGAUCGACGGGAGCCUUUGCUUCUACAAGAGUGACAGCCGGCGAGAGUUGGAGCACCGCGUCAGCCUGAAGACCACGUGCGUGGACGUGAGAUCGGGUCUGGAAUGUGGAGGUGUGAGCCCGCCAGAGAGUAAUCCCAGAGAGAACCUCGUCGUGGUUCAGCUCGCGAGCGGCUCAGCGGUCAACCUGUGUGCCAACAGCGAGGAUGAGUCCAUAGCCUGGAAACUGACUCUGCUAGACACCCGGAGAAACCCUUUGUUCACGUACGACCCAUAUGAUGACUCUUACCAAGCGGUCCCCAUCAACAACUACCAUACGGUGUACAUUACACCUGGAGCAGGACCAGGAACCCACCAGGUGGUUGUCCAGAGGGACCCAUUCGAUGGAGUCUUUGAGCAUCUGGCGCUGGGAUUGCUGGCGGGCAUGGCAGCGGGGACGGCCAUGCGAUCGUUCCUCUGGAUGCCCUUCUUCUUCUGCUGAAACCAUGGCUCCUGUGGCGGCGGCGGGAGAGAGGCCCAAAAGAGGGAGUGAUCAUGUCCGCGGUGACAACCUGCUUCUCUGGGUUAAUCGGUUUGUUUAUUUUUCCUGAUGUGCACUUUCGCAAAUGAGACUUUAGAAGAUGCAAAGUCUGCCAUUUCAUUUUAUGUUCUCCCUGCUUGCACAUCACCCUGAAUCCACUUACAAAGCCCGGCAGUCGAUUUUGUAUAUGGCUAUUCUUUAAUCUGUUGCAUGGAUUUUACACUUAAUAGCUUGAUAAAACUGCAGUCUGUGGUGGGAAAUAAAGGGAUGUAGUAAAUAUAUA